AUGGAAGAGGUGCGGAAAAAGAUUGCCGCGCGCAUUGACGCCGGAGAUGCUGUAAAGGACAUCGCAGAGCGCUUCAUGGUCUCCAAGAGCAUAGUGUACAAAGUCAAGAGCCUGUAUAACGUGUUCAAAGACUUCUCCAAUCGACCCAGGAGUGGAAGACCUCGCAAAGCUCGCACUGAAGGCAAUAUCAAGGCCGUGAAUGAUGCCAUUGAUGCCAACCCGAGGAACAUUAUCCAGAAGCUCGCCAGGGAGCUCAACAUUGACAAGACGGCCAUCUCCACGAUCGUGAGGAAGGACUUGGGCCUCAAGUCGAGGGCCUGCACCAAAGUUCAAGGUCUCACAGCUCUGCAGAGGCAGAAGAGGCUGGACAGGUGCAAGAAGCUCCUUAAAAAGUGCAAAAGACGCACUGAUCGGGUUCUCAUCUUCUCUGAUGAGAAGAUAUUUACUGUAGACGCCAUCAGCAACAGCAGGGCGACCCGUUACAUCGCCAAGAGGCCUGAGGACGUAGAUCCAGGAAUUGAGUAUGUGGACGACUAA